GACUCCUGGGAAUUAUUUCGCGCCAAAAUCGGUCGUCUGCAUUGCUAGGUUGACUCAGCCUGGCGGCCUGGCUGUCGAAAUUCGAUUAUUUUUCCUACCUGGUCCUCACAACGCGAAGCUGUAUUUACCCGCUCCUUCAGAUUAUGUAUAACUGCACGUUCGCGUAAAACAUUUGACGCCUGUAAGCCGUUCUGUAGAAGGAGGCCUUGUAGCGACGGGAACGAUGCCCGGCACAAUGAGGGUUCCGAGGUUCGCCCACUCCGAAGGGCACACCGAUUUGUGCUACGAUCCGUCUGGGAGGUAUCUGCUGACGUGUGGGUCGGACGGAGACGUGAGGAUAUGGGACGGUUUCGAGGACAACGACCCGGAGUCUCAUAACGUCGGCGAGAGCGCGCUGGCCCUGGCGUGUGCGGCCGGCAAGUUUUUCGUCGCCACAGACGAGUACUCUGUGAGUGCUCGCAAGUUUCCAAGUGCUGACCUGGAUGGCGUUGUGACGCGGUUCCCAUCCGACGUCUAUGCCGUCACGUGCAGCCACGACGCUCGGACCCUCGUUGCCGGAUCCGGUGACUUCACCAUCAAGGUCGUCGACGUCGAAAGCGGCAGCAGCAAGCUCCUCGAGGGUCACGAGGCGCCUGUGCUGUACUGCUCCUUGGAUCCGAAGGAGGAGUUUCUGGCGUCCUCGAGUUGCGACGGCACCAUUCGCGUCUGGAAGCUGGACGACGGGACAUGCGUCAAGACGUGGAGUGUACUUCCUAAAAGCAAUGACUUCUGCAUGUCGAAGACGCUGGGCCGCCUAUCCUGGUCAAUGAAAGAUGGCAGUUACCUCGCAAUUCCCAUCGAGAAGGAAGUCCGUCUGAUCUCGAGAGGCUCCUGGGAUGUGCAGCGGACGCUCACUGACCCUUCCGUCGAAGAGAUUUUCUCGAUCGCGACGUUCAGUGCGUGCGGAACCUUCCUUGCUUCGAGUUCCGUGAAGGGAGAGGUCUUGGUUUGGAAUCUCGAUACCUCCAAGCUUGUUGAGAGGUUCGUCCACGAGAAAGGCUACAACAUUUGCAGCAUGAUCUGGAACCCAAAGCGAAGAGAGCUGGCUUACUGUGACAGCCAGGGCCAACUUGGCGUCAUAGAAAGUAUUGGAAUUGUGCAGCCUCCCAAAAUAACGGUGGCGGAGAAAACAGCGGAGGAGUUUCUCGACAACAUGGCCGACGAGGAUGACGACAACUUUCCGGAGGAUGUGGGGGACAUCGACGACGAAUUAGUCUCGAGGCCGGAAGCGGUGCGUCGAAAGACAAACGUCCUUGACAGCGACGACGAAGACGCUAUCGAUUUGGGGGCCAUCAAGGCGACAUACGAACCCCGCAUCUUUGGCGAAAAUUCCAACGAGAGCGGCUCUCGGCGGGCAGACGUCACUUCCACGCCCGCAACCACCAUCAUCCGGGAGGUGUACAAGGGCCCAGAGCCACCGCUGGUGCAGGCGCCAUUCCAACCGGGCUCCACGCCGACUCACCUUCAGCAUCGUUUCAUGGUAUGGAAUUCUGUGGGCGUGGUGCGUGCCCACAACACGGAAGAGGAGAGCAGCAUCGAGGUGGAGUUCCACGACAGCGCGGUGCACCACCCGAUGCACCAGGGCAACUCGCUCGGUCACACGAUGGCCGCCCUCUCGGACGAGGCGCUCCUGCUCGCCUGUCCCCGGGACGUCGACGGAAGCUCUUCCAGCAAGCUGGUGUGUGUCCACUUUGGAACCUGGGACUCAAACAAGGAGUGGUCAUUUGAGAUGCCUGAAGGCGAAAACAUUGAGGCGAUAACGCUCGGAUCCGGAUGGGCGGCUGUCGCGUGUUCCUCGGGCCUUGUCCGCCUCUUCACGCUGGGCGGAAUGCAGAGCGGGGUUUUCCGAGUUCCCGGUCCCGUCGUCUGCCUGGCCGGUGCGAGCGACAGCCUGGCCAUCUUCUAUCACCAAGCCGCCGGUCUUCCCGGGCAGCAGUCGGUGGCUAUGUCGAGGUACCGGGUGGCCAAGAAACAACGCCCCGUCCUUCCGGUACAGGUCCCGUUGGGCUACAAGCAGGAACUCUCCUGGGCGGGGUUUACGGACGAGGGGUCUCCCUGUUACGCCGACUCAAACGGUACCGUCUGCGUGCUGAACAGUUCGUUCGGACAGAGCUGGCUGCCGGUCUGCCUCACAAAAGAACAUACUAAAGGAAAGUCGGAUCACUUCUUUGUGGUUGGGGUGAGCGAAGUGAGGCAGCACGUCAGGUGCAUCCCUUGCAAGGGGGCACGUUACCCCGCCGUGCUUCCGCGACCCGUCACUUCGGUCCUGGACUUCAAGCUCCCCCUGCUAGAGGAGAGCACGGAGAAGGGAAAGUUGGAGGAAGAGUAUGGGAGGGCGAGCCGGCUGGUGGAGCUUCUCAAGUUCUGGGACGAGAAAGGCAUGGAGGUCUCGGAAGAACUUCGGACCACCCAGCAGAAGCUCAACCACACCCUGCUCAAAAUGUUUGCGCUGGCAACCCGGGCAGACCGGGAGUACCGAGCGGUGGACGUUGCCCGCCUGAUGCCCACCGAGGCGGUGGUACAGGGGGCGUCCCAGUAUGCUGCGCGCUGCCACCACCUGGCGCUCGCCGAGAAGGUUGGACGGCUCGUCGAAGACUUUGACAGCGGGGAGGCGCUUGACGGCGGCUCCGCCGCGGAGGAGGAAGACGAGGACGUGGAGAGGGACAUUCGCGAUGCCAACUUUGCGGCGGCUUCAGAGAACGCCAAGCUGUCUCGGAGCGUCCCCAAGGAUAACUCCUCCGUCCUCAAGCCAAAGCCGGUGCUGUUUCGAAAAAACUCUGACGUUCUCAUGAGGUCCACAAACGACAGCGAAGAAAGCGUUGAAAAGAGGCAGCCGGAACAAGCGAAGGUGCUUUCCGUGUCUCCAUUUGUGGCCAACCCUUUCAAGAAAACGAGCCAGCCUCAGCGCGUAGCCAAAGGCAUGGAUGCGGUCAUCAAGGAAGCGACGGCGCCAAAGCCCGUUGUCAGCACGCCCGUGGUUCCAGCCGUUGCGUCCAGAAAGACCACCAAGGCAACCGGCCAGGAGCAGCCAAAAAAAACCAAGAGUGCAGCGAAGCAACUCAAGCUCUUUGCAAACCCAAAGCUUUUGGCGAACAAGGGCGACGCCUCGGAGAAAAGCGAAACGACAGACAGCAAGGAUGAAGUUGAAACGCCAAAGCCUCAAGAAAACGGAACACAUUCGUCCCAGAGUUUGACGGCGAAUCAAGCCGCCAAGAAAUCCGGCUUUCAGCUAUACCUAGACUCUGUGCGUGACGAAUUGACCGAGGAAUUUCCGGAACUCGACGACAGCGACCUCGCCAAGAAAGCCAUGGCAGACUUCAGAGCGCUGCCUCCCAAGGAACGGACGGGCUGGAACGAGAAGGCGAAAAGACCCGGCGGCGGCGACGACGCAAGCUCACCCGGCGGCACGAAACGCAACAUCUCCGAGACAGAAGAGUCGUCGAUGAGCAAAAAGUCUAAAGUAGACGGCAGCUCGAACGCCAAUGGUUAGUACAUGUACACGGCCAGCACUUCCUGCGAAAUGGUCGGGCUCACGUCUGGCAAAACCAAGGAACUGGACCCACUGUGUACAUUUCCAGAUUUUAACGCUACACAUAGAUCUCAUGUAAUGUUUCGGUGAUUAGCGGAGACCAAUCCCUUAUUCUGUGCCGGCUUUUCCGGGCAGCGAUUUGUGUAAUAUACUGGAUGUUUUUUUACCCUUUUUGAUGUCCUGUUUCCUUGUGUUUCCAAUAAAUUUGUUGAUCCUUUUCA